CCUCCGCCCCAUUUUUGCAUCAGCCAAUCGGGGCCGAGUGCCUGUGGUGACCUCAGAGGCAGCCAGCAGAAAGAGCUUGCACACGUUCAGGGCGGAAGGAGGGAAUCAUUCGAGUUGCCCAGCCAGGAGGAACUACAGCAGCUGCAAUAAUGUGUGACUUCUCAGAAGAUCAGACUGCUGAGUUCAAGGAGGCUUUCCAGCUCUUUGACCGCACUGGAGAUGGCAAGAUUCUGUAUAGCCAGUGUGGAGAUGUGAUGAGAGCCCUGGGCCAGAAUCCUACCAAUGCUGAAGUCAUGAAAGUUCUGGGGAACCCCAAGAGUGAUGAAAUGAAUAUGAAGACGCUAAGCUUUGAGCAGUUCUUGCCCAUGAUGCAAACCAUUGCCAAGAACAAGGACCAGGGCUGUUUCGAGGAUUAUGUGGAAGGGCUGAGGGUCUUUGACAAAGAGGGGAACGGCACCGUCAUGGGAGCGGAGAUACGUCAUGUUCUGGUCACCUUAGGGGAGAAAAUGACGGAGGAAGAAGUUGAGAUGCUUGUGGCUGGCCAUGAAGACAGCAACGGCUGCAUUAACUAUGAAGCAUUUGUGAGACACAUCUUAUCAGGGUGAAUUCGAACGGGAGUUGGUGCGGAUGGUUCUGAGUGGCUGAAGGUCAUUUCUAGCUUCUCCCGUGAAAACCACCUCCAGUUUAUCCUUAAAAUGUUUGUGCCUUUUUUAUCUGUGUAUGAAACUACUUUUGAAUUCUCUCUUCUCAAACCUCUUGGUCUAAUCCUUGGUGGAUGAUGAAGAAGAAAAACUACCUUAAGGGUGCACCUGAAUUCGAGUAGAAGUCGAGGGAAGUGAACCUGUGGCUGGCUUGUCUCGCAUCACUUUAUUUUCAGAAGUGUUCAUUCAGCUCUUUCUCCCUCUCAAUUGCUUUAAUAAACUGUUCCCAAAGUA